AUGAAGCCCGCUUCCAACUUUACCUUGGGCGAAGGACAGCCCCUUUCAGACCCUGCAGUCAGCACAACCCUCCCAACUUUCGGGGGAGGUGGUCUGGUUCCACUCCAAGACACACUACUCCUCGAGACUUUAGCACAUUUCAAUCGGGAACGGAUUCCAGAAAGAGUCGUCCAUGCUAAAGCAGCCGGUGCUUGGGGUGAAUUCGAAGUCACUCAUGAUGUUUCACAUCUGACUGGGGCAAAAUUCCUUCAGAGUGUUGGAAAGAAGACGCCAGUGCUAUGCCGGAUCAGUACAACUGGAGGUGAAAAGGGAAGCCCGGAUACUGUUCGAGAUGUCCGGGGGUUUUCUGUUAAGUUUUAUACUGAGGAAGGCAAUCAUGAUAUUGUGGGAAACCAUGUGCCUGUUUUCUUCGUCCGGGAUCCUGUCAAGUUCCCCUCGGUAAAUCGCAGUCACAAGAAGCAUCCGCAGUCGAAUACGGCCGAUGCAAACAUGUUUUGGGACUUCCACGUCCACAACCCUGAAAGCGUUCAUGCUCUAGUUCACCUCUUUGGCUCUCGUGGCAUCCCGGCCUCAGUCCGCCGCAUUACAGGCUUUGGUGUGCAUACAUUCAAGCUACUUGCCCCCGAUGGGUCCUUUAAGUACUGCAAGUUCCACCUCCGUCUGCUGCAGGGGGUAGGCAACGCGUCCUCAGACGAGGCCAUGCGCCUUGCCGGUGUGAAUCCGGAUUUCCACACACAGGAGCUGUUCGAUGCAAUUUCUCGCGGAGAUUACCCGUCGUGGGGUUUGUAUAUCCAGGUUAUGGACCCUAAACAGGCUGAGAGACACGGCCUGGCGAUGUUUGAUAUUACCAAGGUCUGGAAUCAUAAAGACUUUCCGUUGAUUCCUGUUGGGAAGAUGACGUUGAAUAAGAAUCCGGUAAACUACUUCGCGGAAAUCGAACAAGCGGCUUUUUCGCCGUCAAACAUGGUUCCUGGCAUUACUUCCUCCCCAGAUCCGAUGCUUCAAGCACGCAUGUUCGCAUACCCAGACGCCCAACGAUACCGUCUCGGCGCAAACUACCAGCAUCUCCCCCCUAACCAACCAAUUGCCCCAGUGAACGCCCCCUACCAGCGCGACGGCGCGGCCACAAUCACUUCCAACUACGGAGCAACGCCGAGUUACGUUCGCAACGGAUCCACCCGACACGGCAUUAGGAGCGAGUCUGCAUCGACUGCGCAAGCGGUGCGACAUGACGAAUGGCUCCGAGGGGGAACUACUCUUGGAUUAAAUGAGGUUCCGGAUACUGAGGAUGAUUAUGUGCAGCCGAGGGAGUUGUGGAGGAGGGUAUUUGAUGAUGCGGAACGGAGGCUGUGGGUUUCGAAUGUUGCGGGGAGUUUGGAGGGAGUUUCGGAUGACUUGAAAAGGGGUGUUAUUGAGAUGUUUGGGAGGGUGGAUUUGGAGAUGGGGAAUAUGCUUGCAGCGAGGAUUAGGGAGACUGCUAGAUUGUAA